AAAACAACGGUAAUCCCGUAGCUGUCACUCAGAUUAAAAUAAUUACCAGUUAAAUAUUAACCCUAAAAUCAGAAUAGUCAUAUUAUCACUGGAUGAAAAUAAAACGAAAUGGCAAUUUUCUGGGUGUUUGGGGCUCGAGUGGAUAAUUGGGUAAAUUCGUGGUUGACAGGACCUGGGGGAUGAUUCAGGACCUGGGAGGGUAAUCGUGAUCCCCAGUGCCCCUCCAGGGUACACGUAGGGGGACACCAUUUAGUUGGCUUUACCAGAGGUGCAUUUCGGCGUUUUGUGGGAUAAAUGUCUGGUAUUUUAUUAAAUCCUCGGGUUUUCUACUGGUGAAGUAAUCGUGUUGCGUCACGAAUUACUGGUGACGUAUAUUUAGAGUCUAGUUUUUGUUUGGAGGGAGAAGUAUCUGGUGAUGAUUUUUUGAGGAUUUUGGGGUGAUGUGUUUGGGUUUGGGAUGGGGGUAAUGGGGAGAAUGGGGUGAUUUUUCAGGGGUUGGUUUUUUUAUUUUUAUUUGCGGGAGAGAAUGAAAUGUGUGAUUGUUUAUGUGUGAUUGGGAUGCUGUGGGGCGAUGAAAUAUUGGAGGACAACAAAACAUUGAAACAACGUGGGAUGUGUCACUUGGAGGAACAACCCUCGAGGACUGUAACUACCCCUUGGAACAACCCCCAGCCACCGAUGGAGGCAGGUGCGAUGGCAGGUCACACAAGGUACAAUGGGGUGCUUCGGUAGCAAAGACAAACUCAGUAAGGAGGAUAUGGACUUCCUGAAGUCGCACACGAGAUACGACGAGGCGACCAUCAAGGAGUGGUACAAAGGUUUCAAACAAGACUGUCCCAACGGCAGGUUGACACCCGCCAAAUUUGUUGACAUGUACAAAAUGUUUUUCCCGUCCGGAAAUGCUGAAGAAUUCUGCGAUCACGUCUUCCGGACAUUUGACAUGGACAAGAACGGAUACAUCGACUUUAAGGAAUUUCUCCUUGCAAUAGACGUGACGUCUAGUGGUACGCCUGAGGAGAAACUUAAAUGGGCAUUCCGUAUGUACGACGUAGAUGGCAAUGGUGUUAUUGACAUUCAGGAAAUGACCAAGAUAGUUCAGGCAAUAUACGACAUGUUGGGUGCUUGUUCGAGUAAUAGGCCAGCAGACAGUGCUGAAGAGCGAGCGAAAAAUAUAUUCGCCAAGAUGGACGAGAACAACGACGGACAACUGACGCAGGACGAGUUCCUGAAGGGUUGCCUGCAGGACGAGGAGCUAUCAAAAAUGCUUGCCCCAUAAUUCAGCCCAAUGGACAACCCCAACAACCACAGAAAGAUAAAUUAUUCAGAGCCCAUCGUUGUUCAUUGAUCGUCACCAGAGAUAUCAAUUACCAAUGACCAGAGUUUUAUUUGAAUGAACAGUUUGAAUGUGAGAAUGGUGAGCAUUUCGGCAAUUAAGCCAUCGAUCGAUUUGAUCCAGGUCUGAAUUAAUAGUCGCUCGACCAAGAGGAGAGCUCAGCCGUUGGAGGUUGGGGCAUUUCAAUCCCCCCAAAUUCUCCCUUCAAUUAUUACGUCAGCAGAAAUCAGUCAGACAUUACUGUUUUCACCGUCUGAAUGUCUCGAAAAGACAUCGACGAUCGAAUAAAAAAAAGGGACAAUUGACCUUUCAAAUACUCACAUGAUUAUAAAUUCCCACUAAUGAAGAGAAAUUAAUACUUAUUAAGGAGUAAAGGCUAUUCGCUGCUAAUUCAUAUUAUUGUACUCGUGUCACUGUUGCUGGAGAUCGAGCCUCCGAUAUUAUUAUCAAAGUCCAGCAAUCGAGUCUCGAUUCCAGGGCUUCUGCUCGUUUUAUCGAUCGUGUUCUAGGGUUAUUUUUUUUUUAAUCCUUGGAUUGUUCAGUUGAUUAUUCAGACUGGGGGUUAAUCGGAGAGUUCAGUGGAUUUGAUUGAUAUUUUUCAUUUGGCGAUCGACAGGGGUGAGUGGCGGGGUACGAAUUUAUCAUCGGGGAAAAGUUAACUGGAACUGGUGACAUGCCUCGUAUUUAUUUUUCCCUCAUUACUGCUAUAAUUCAGUAAUUAACGGGGAUGAAUCUCAUAUUCCGCUGCUUUCUCCUUGUCGAUCCGUUGUUAAUGGAAAUGCCGGGUUUAACGAGUGUUUGAUAAGAUUAAAAAAUAUAUAAAAAUUGUUAUUCCAUAGUAGUAAUUGCGAGUAGAAGGAUGUAAAGUGGGUACUGAUUACGAGUUGAGUACAUAUAUAACUCGAUAAUGGUGUGACUAUGUUUUAGUGGAACGGGAUAUCCGGUGCGUUUAAUCCUCAUCUGAUAGCACUAUACACCCUUCUCCCCCUUUCUAUCAUGCCAUCGGUCCAGGGUGGGUUAAUCGAUUGAUCGGGAUCAGCGCAAAUGAUCUGUGCCCACACUAUUAUUCCGAGGCGACACACCGGAAACGAAUCAAUUCUACUCAACAAUUUGGUUAUCAAUUGGAUUUUUAGACACGCUGAAUUUUUGGGUGUUUUAAUCAUCUAGGUGUUUAAUUAAGAGCGGGCACGGGUAAGUCGGUUCAAUUAAUCAUCGAUAAGUAACUGAUAAAUUAAGAGGGAACGCUGUUUCAAUUAUAAGGAUGAGGGAGGUAAAAUGGAGGAAAUUUUAGUCAUCAAUAACUCGCGAUCAGCUGAGUGAAAAUCAAUGAUUUUUGCGUGAUUUUGAAGGCGGGUUUUCGAGCUUCAAAAUGCACCCUGAAUCGUCUGAAUCACAUCGUCUGAACUGGAAAUAUUGAUUGUCUAAGGUCCAUUCGAUCUCACCUGCCAGUUCGAAUCCACGAAAAAGAUAUUGUCCAGUCGUAAUUGUUGAUUAUCUUGGCGACGUGAGGUACCACCGGAAAAUGUCAGAGGGAUUUUUUGUGGGUAAUUGAAUUUUCGAGAAAAAGUUCCUUUGACAUUUUGCCAUAGCACCGAGCGUUCUCGAGAUUGUCGCCAAUGAUGUCGACCGAUCGGCUGGGCAAUUUCUCUUUCUCUGAAAAGAACUUUCAACUCGCCUUCGUAGAUGAUAGAAUUUUGACCAAUUGCAUGUUCUAAUCUAGGAUUCUCUAUUAACUCGAUCAUACGAAAUUGGCACACAUUAGACUCGCGUUCCUUUUCCAUUCCCCAAACGAUUCUUUAUAAACUCAAUUACCGAAGGUAAUGUUUUUCUCCCAAUCAAUGUCACUAAGUCACACCACUUCGAUCCUCACUUCUUUGUUUCUCGGCUCAUUAAUACCUAUUUUCGUCACGCUAUUCUCCGUGCAGAGACAAUUCGCCAGAACGAAAGAAGAAAAAAAAACACUCUUAAACUAGGUGGGGCACAUUAUUGUAGUCGUAGACAUAUCAUUGGCUCAUCCUCACGGACAAAACGCAGGACAAUAUGUCCAACGUCAUUGUCACUUAACUCAUAAAUACCUAGACUAACAAAAAAUCAUAUUAACCCCAUUAGCGUACACGCUUCGAGUACUUAAUAUCAAGUAAAGUCAAUUUUAAAGUAACUGAGGAAAAUUCGAAACAACGCUUAACGUACAAAAAUUGAAUUCCACAUGAAUCAACAAAUUGGACAAAACAAAUUGAAAAGACUAAAAUAACCGAAGGCACGAAAUUCAUCUGAUAAAACUCGAGAUAACGAACAAAAAAUAUUCCUCACCGAAUGGAAAGUCAAGCAUUGACAAUCGAAAUAGUAAAUUUUCAUAGAUACGUGACGGAAAUUAACGUCAAAAUGGAAUUCCAGAUCCUUCAAACGGAAAAAAAAAGGGCGAGUCCCUCCAGAAUUCCAGAACAAAUUAUAAGGGAGUGUGUGGAGAGGAAAAAAAAUGGAGUUAGUGAGACUAGGAUGAAGGAAUAAGUAGGUAACAGGGGGUAUGGAAGCUCCGGAGAAUAUUGCUGUAUCGAUCUGAAAACGUUACCCUGGAUUUUCGACCGGAGUUACGACAGGACAUUGAUAAAUUCAAAAU